UACAGCAGUGUAUUGCGUGGAAGUGCAGCUUCUUGCAUUUCGAUGUUGGUUUACUACACGCGAAAAUUUGUUCACACUUUAGCGAGAACAUUCGAUAUGGCCAAAUAAAUUGAGAGAAGAUCAGACGAGCAAGAAAAUGUCUGUAAAAGAGACUAGUAAGAAUAUUUCCUCAGUUUCGAAACCACAAACGUACAAGCUUGUUCAUUCAGAAAAAUUCGGAAGAUAUCUAAUAGCUGGAAAAAAUAUAAAAGCCGGCGAAGUAAUACUUCGAGAAAAGCCUGUUGCAGUUGGACCUGGUGUUUUUGAUAAUGAUUAUUUUUGUUUUGCUUGUUUAAAAUUAUUGAUCAAAGUUAACAAGGAAUUACAGUACGUUUGCACGAAAUGUUGCGUUGCUCCUUUAUGUGGUCCAGAUUGCGAGAAAAAGGAUGGUCUUCAUACACCAGAAGAGUGUCAGAUUUUCAAGGACAACCAAAAAAUAUCGAAAGAUAAACUAUACGAUAUUAUAGGAAUAUUGCUACCUUUGAGAUUAUUUCUUUUAAAGGAUAGAGAUCAGGAUCUGUGGGAAAAAGUGGAUCGCAUGGAGUCGCAUAUGGAUAAAAGAAGAGACACUCUCAUUUGGAAGGACAGAGAAGUUAACGUUAUCAAAAUUUUUCGUGAUCUACAACUGGUGACCAAUGACGAUAUCUCUACGUCGGAUUUUUUACAACAUCUCUGCGGGAUUCUCGAUGUAAACAGUUUUGAAUUGAGAUCACCUGGUAGAUUGGAUGCUCUUGUUCUACGUGGUUUAUACUUGGAAGCUUCUCUUAUUGCUCAUGAUUGUAGAGCAAAUACUCAUAUUACCGUCGAUGAUCAUUUUCAACUCACCGUAUAUGCCAGUUUGCCUAUCAAUGAGAACGACAUCAUUUACUUCAACUAUACUUCGUCACUUUUGGGUUCAGCUGAAAGAAGAGAACAUCUUCGGGAAGGGAAAUACUUCGAAUGUGAAUGUUCGGUCUGUAAAGAUCCAUAUGAAUUAGGUUCACAUUUAAGUAGCAUACGAUGUCCACGUUGCAAAGAUGGAUAUGUGGGAGCUCAAAAUCCAUUAAAAGCGAAACCAUACGAACGUGACAGUAAAUGGCAAUGUGAUAAAUGUAGAAAAAUGUACGGUGGUUAUCUCAUAAGAGCAACUUUGAAUAUAACUCGAGCGCUGAUCGACGAUUACGAUGGAUCGAAUGUGAAAGACUUGGAAUUUUUGAUUAAAAAACUCACGCUAUCUUUUCAUCCUAAUCAUUAUCUUUUGUUGGCAUUGAAACAAAAAUUAUUAGCAGCCUAUAGGAAACAAGUAGCAGGACCGAAUCCUCAAAAAAAGAUUAUUCAAAAAAUGCUCGAUUUGUGUAAGGAAGUUCUUCAAGUAUUGGAAUUGGUAGAACCUGGAAUUUCUCGACUAAAAGAACAUUAUCAAUAUAGCAAAAUGAUCCGCCAAAAAUACAUUCGAAUAUGUCUCCCUGCUUGUUUAGCGAUAGUUUUUAAUUUUUCUUUACAUCAUAUCGAAGAAGGACAUGUUGGCGUUUACUUUAGAGGUGGUGCUUUAUUGCCAUAUGUUAGUAAUCCUGGAUUUCACAUGAUGAUACCUGUAUUAACUACAUAUCGAUCUGUUCAAGUUACAUUACAAACGGAUGAAGUUAAAAAUGUACCAUGUGGUACUAGUGGUGGUGUAAUGAUCUACUUUGAUCGCAUAGAGGUUGUAAAUAUUUUAGAUGCAAAUAGUGUUUACACUAUGGUAAGAAACUUUACUGCAGACUAUGAUCGUACUUUGAUUUUUAACAAAGUACAUCAUGAGUUAAAUCAGUUUUGUUCAGUACAUACUUUACAUGAAGUAUAUAUUGAUCUAUUUGACCAAAUAGAUGAAAAUUUAAAAACUGCUUUGCAAAAAGAUCUAAAUGAUUUAGCACCAGGUCUUAACAUUCAAGCAGUAAGAGUAACCAAACCAAAAAUUCCUGAGACAAUCAGGAAAAAUUAUGAAUUAAUGGAAGCAGAAAAAACAAAACUCUUAAUAUCUACACAACAUCAAAAAGUGGUAGAAAAAGAUGCAGAAACAGAUAGAAAAAAGGCUGUCAUAGAAGCUGAAAAAGAAGCACAAGUUGCGAAAAUACAGUACAAUCAAAAGAUUAUGGAAAAAGAAUCUCUUCAACGAAUUGCAGGUAUAGAAGAUGAAAUGCAUGUUGCUAGACAAAAAAGUCGUUCUGAUGCUGAAUAUUAUCAACUAAAAAUGCAAGCAGAAGCAAAUAAAUUGCUUCUAUCUAAAGAAUUCUUGGAAUUAAAGAAAUAUGAAGCUUUAGCGCAUAAUACAAAAGUCUAUUAUGGACAAGAUAUACCAAAAAUGUUUAUGUAUAGUGGUUGUACUAAUGAUCAAGAUUUAAGUUCACAUAUAAACAUUAAAGAUACUCAACCACAAAUGUUAUAAAAUAAUUUAUUAAUAAAGAUCUCAAUAACUUAUCAUAAUGAAGCUAGAUUGAGAAAUAUAAUGAAUCAAGAUCGAAAUCAUCUGAUUACUUUCGAAUAACACUUAUAUUUUUUAAAAAUACUUUUAUUUAAGAUAUUUAAUGAUAAAAGUACUUGCACAAAAACGUGUAUUUUUCUUAUGUGUCAUUAGAUUUAAUUGGCAAUUAAUAAUGUUAAAAUCUUUUUUAAAUAAAGAACAUUAAAAAAUA